CAAAGUAUUUUGUAUUUAUCUAAUAAAGCGGGAGCAUCCAUGAACACAUUGAAAAUCAUGCAUGGCUAGGCUCAUAUGAAAGCUUAGAUCAAAAAUAUCCAUCUCCUUCCCUUCUUUGGUCACACUUUGGUUUUGUUUUGUUUUGGAGUUUGGCGCGUUUGUCAACAACAUUGGAUCAUUUUAGAGGCCUGGCCUGGCCUAGAGAGUGAAUCAACGGACCCAUCCCAUUCAAGGCGUGUUGGGCGUUUCCUUCUUGGGUGGCAUCAUGUCCUCGCCCAAUGGCCAUCCCACCUCGGGUGCGGCUCCACAAUCCUCGCCCAAAGGCGGACGAGAUGUGUCGUUGCCCAUGACCCGCGUAAAAACCAUCAUGAAAAGCUCCCCCGAUGUGGAGACGGUCUCGCAGGAAUCGCUCUUCCUCAUUACCAAAGCCACGGAGCUCUUCAUAAUGUACCUGACCAAGUUGGCCCAACGCAACGGGGACAAUGAUCAAAGCGUCACUUAUCGCGAUUUAGCGGCAGUGGUCCAACGCAAGGAUAGUAUGGAGUUUCUUCACGAUAUCGUGCCCAAGAAAAUUAAAGUGAGCGAGUACCUGGAGAUUAUGAAAAACGAAAAACUGGACGACGACGAUAUUCUGUGAAUGAGCCAGUCUUUUUAUUUCAAUGUUUCAUCAGCCAUCUCAUCUAUUUAAAUACUUAUCAAUGUCCACAUCGUAGUUCUUAAAAUCUUACAGGUCGUCGAGCUGUAAAAUAAAGGUAGAUCGUGAAAGUUCAAAUUUGA